GUGCAGGAUAAGAAAAUGAAAGCAAAACCAAUACAAGAAAAACAAGAAACCAAUAAAAUGGCGCAACGCAAUUUACCUACGGAUUUUAUGCGCUAACUACACUAUCGUCGUAAGAUCCACCAAAGAUUCAUUCAGUCUUUGUCUGGUCAAACAAUCGUUUGUUUGGAUUAGUCUCACACUUUCCCCAAUCCCACAAACUUUUUAGGAUCAAUACUUCAACUGGCAGGAGAGAAAAUUUGAGCUGGUAAAAUACCUUCUUUUAAAGCAUCAUGUCACUGGGUACCUCCAAAGCAGUUUUUCAGGUUUUGUCUGGGGUGGUGCCUCAAAUUGGGUAUAAUGAGCCUUUUGUGAUCUCUUCCCAGUUUCGAGUAAAAUGUGUGAAGAAAAGAUCCUCUAGGCAUAGGUAUUUAAUUGAGGGUGCUAGCGUGCUUCAAUGUCAGUUGGGAACUCGUCAGCUUCAGUGGAUGGGUGUCGGUAUCUCUGGAUAUAAAACGUGUAGUCGUCCGUGCUUGCAGAUACGCAACUGCCAACAGGCGGAAAGUGCGAGUGGUAUAAGUGCAGGGGAUGGAAAUGGAUCAAGGUUUGUGAAUGAUGUUGAAACAUCAAAUUUGGUAAGCAAUGUGAUGGGUGCAAGGAGUAUGCUAGAUGUUCAACCGUUGAAAAAGGAAAGGGAGGGUUUGACAUCUAAUGUCACAAAUGGAACUAUCCCUGAUGCCUUUGACUCAGUUAGCCUCGACUCUAUUGAGGAAGAAGCAUGGGACCUACUAAGGGAGUCUGUAGUCCAUUACUGUGGGAAUCCUAUAGGAACUAUUGCUGCAAAGGACCCAACAAGUUCCAAUGUUUUGAAUUAUGACCAGGUCUUUAUUCGUGAUUUCAUUCCUUCUGGAAUUGCUUUCCUAUUGAAAGGAGAGUAUGAUAUUGUUCGGAAUUUCAUCCUCCAUACACUUCAGUUGCAGAGCUGGGAGAAAACUAUGGAUUGUCACAGUCCAGGACAAGGUUUGAUGCCUGCUAGUUUUAAGGUUCGAACAGUUCCUCUGGAUGGAGAUGACUCUGCAACAGAAGAGGUUUUGGACCCCGACUUUGGAGAGGCAGCCAUUGGUCGUGUUGCUCCAGUUGAUUCUGGACUCUGGUGGAUUAUUUUAUUACGAGCGUAUGGAAAAUGCUCUGGUGAUCUAUCUGUUCAAGAGAGAGUUGAUGUGCAAACAGGGAUUAAAAUGAUUUUGAAGUUGUGUCUUGCUGAUGGUUUUGACAUGUUCCCAACAUUAUUAGUAACUGAUGGUUCUUGCAUGAUAGAUCGAAGGAUGGGAAUUCAUGGGCAUCCUUUGGAGAUUCAGGCACUAUUUUAUUCUGCCUUACUUUGUGCACGUGAAAUGCUAACUCCUGAGGAUGGAUCGGCUGAUCUUAUACGAGCCCUGAACAAUCGUCUAAUAGCUCUUUCAUUUCACAUUAGAGAAUAUUAUUGGAUUGAUUUGAAAAAGUUAAACGAGAUCUACCGAUACAAGACAGAGGAGUACUCAUAUGAUGCUGUUAAUAAGUUCAAUAUAUACCCGGAUCAGAUUCCUCCUUGGUUAGUGGAAUGGAUACCGAACAGAGGAGGCUAUUUAAUUGGUAACUUGCAACCAGCUCACAUGGAUUUCCGAUUUUUUUCACUGGGAAACUUGUGGUCUGUGGCAAAUAGUUUGGCCACAGAGGAACAAUCACAUGCCAUAUUGGAUCUUAUUGAGGCCAAAUGGUCAGAUUUGGUAACAGAGAUGCCAUUUAAGAUUUGUUAUCCUGCUCUUGAAGGUCAGGAGUGGCAGAUAAUCACCGGCAGCGAUCCCAAGAACACUCCUUGGUCCUACCAUAAUGCAGGCUCCUGGCCAACACUGCUCUGGCAGCUCACAGUUGCAUGCAUAAAGAUGAAUAGACCACACAUUGCGGAAAAAGCUGUUGAAAUUGCUGAGAGACGCAUAUCAAGAGACAGGUGGCCGGAGUAUUAUGACACAAAGAGAUCUCGAAUCAUUGGAAAGCAAUCUAGAUUAUUUCAGACUUGGUCAAUUGCAGGGUUCCUUGUGGCGAAGCUGCUGCUUGCAGACCCAAGUAAAGCAAGCAUCCUGAUAACUGAAGAGGAUUCUGAACUUGUGAAUGCCUUGAUAAGUGCCAACCCUAGAGGAAAGCGUGGGCGAAAAAAUUUGAAGAGCUACAUUGUUUGAGUCUCUAGAUGCAAUUCAUUUGGUUAUUUUUGGGCAGCAGAUAGGUUUAUGUCCAAUUUAUUAUUCACAAUCGAAGUUCAUUUUCUUAUGAUUUGAUUAGCAGCAUAUUAUUCUAGAAGCAUCAGGUUUAUGCAAAAUAUAUAGUUUGGGUUGGUUAUUGAAAGUGUCUUUAUACUAGUAAGUAAUUAUGAAUAUGAUGUCAAUACUUCAGGAUUGUAAGUAGCAUACAAAAGACACAGCUAAUUUAGAUGAUGAUGACUUUGUAGGUUUCCCCAGAAACUAGUUUCUCCCCUGUUUGCACAUCAUAUGAUAUCAUUUGCUGUAAUAAGUGCCAUAGUGAAUGAUAAUACAAAUUUUCUGACUAA